AUGGACGAGACUGCAUCAUCUGUUAAUUUAGUUGUCAAGCAGAAUCAUAACAUAAUCGUCUAUCUUGAUUUCUCCAAAUACCUUGAAUAUUUUCAACCUUUCAUUGAAUGUGUUAAUCAUUUAGUUAUGAAGAAGGCUCUUAUUCACUACAAGGAUAUUCCUUUAUCGUCGUUGAUUCUAGCUUAUUCUACUACCAUUUAUAACAAAUCAAAGGACAUGAUGAGCUUUAAAAUUCAAGGAAAUAUGACCUCAAUUUCGAAGGCACAUGUAUGGAAGCUUUUGGUAUUACAUGUUGGUAAGGCUUACUCCAAACCUGAUCAUGUCUCCUCUGCAAAUAUGCUCAAGGUAUUACAUCGGUUGGGUUGUUCUCCUAUUCUUUUUCAACUCUACAGAUUUAUGAAAUCAUGCUUCCCACUUGUUUGGAAUGUAAUGUUUAUGAUUUUCUUCAAGUGA